AUGUCUAUCAAACGCGCUCUCUCUAAAGCAAUUAGAGGGCACAUGGGAGGAGGCGAAGAUGACUCCUCCGGUUCCAACGUUCGCCCGGCCAUAUCGCCUAAAGUACGACACUCCCAUUCCCGAUCCGGUUCUCCCACUGCUUCACCUCGUCGCAGCAUUCUAGGGAACUUCCUACGCGAGAAAAACGAUUAUAUCUCUUCAUCUGAUGAUGUCUCCGAUGACGCCUCUACUGGUGUCCUGAGCAAAAACCAACAAAAGCGGUUAGUGCGUCAGCAUCGCCGAAGCGAACGGAGCCGUCUCAGUGAAGAGAUGUUCUCUGAGACCGAUAACCGCCGUAAGCAAGAAGCAGUCGCCAAAUCGGCGGCUGCAGAAACAGCGGAAAUGAAAGCCCGGUACGGCGAGCUGCCCUUGAUGCAAUCGGCCACUCGACCACGAGAAUUGCGGACUCAACUCGAGGAUAUCACUCUGGCAAUGGAGGGGCAACAGGUGUUCUUCAGCGCACGGCUGCACGUUAUUCGUCGAAUGAGUGCCAAGCUGGUGUUCCUGGUCUUCCGCCAGCAGCUGAAUACCUUCCAGGGUGUUCUGCAUGAGCGCGAGGGAAUCUCCUCCCUUGCCAUGAUCCAAUGGGUCGAACAUCUCCGAGUAGGAUCUUUUGUCACGGUCCGUGGUACUGUGCAGAGGCCUGAGGUUCCGGUGUUAGGCUGCUCAAUUCAUGAUGUUGAGCUAGCCGUUGACUCGGUUCACCUCCAGGUGCGCCGUGAGGAGCCUGUCCCCUUCAGUGUCUACGAGGCAGAGAUUCGGACCAACGAAGAAGAUAAGGCCGAAGGUCGCCGCAGCCAUAUCCCUGACCGGACACGUCUGGCCAACCGAAUCCUCGAUCUUCGCACGGCAACUUCGCAAUCCGUCUUCCGCUUGCAGGCCGCAACCUGUAGGAUUUUCCGUUCUACCCUCGAUGACCUCGAAUUUAUCGAGAUUCAUACACCGAAGCUCCAAGGCGCUGCCACCGAAUCUGGAGCGAGUGUCUUCCAAGUCAACUAUUUCAACCGUCCUGCGUUCCUCGCGCAGUCUCCUCAAUUGGCCAAGCAGAUGGCCAUCGCUGCUGAUUUUGGCCGCGUCUACGAAAUUGGUGCCGUUUUCCGUGCCGAAAAUUCCAACACUCACCGUCACCUCACAGAAUAUACUGGAUUGGAUCUUGAGAUGUCGAUUGAGGAGCAUUAUCAUGAGAUGCUUGAUACCCUUGACUCUGUGAUCAAGAAUAUUCUCAGCGGUUUCUACACAAAGUACCGCCGUGAGGUUGAGCUCGUCAAAGACCAGUUCCCCUCUGAGGAUGUCGUUUGGUUGGAAAAGACACCAAUCAUUCGCUUCAGUGAUGGAAUUAAGAUGCUGAAUGACUCGGGUUGGCUGAGCGAAACAGGCGAGCCACUACCCCUGGACGAAGAUCUGGGCACCCGUGAUGAGAUUCGCCUUGGUGAGCUUGUCAAGGAGCAAUAUGGCACCGAUUACUAUGUUAUUGAUAAAUUCCCUCGCGGUGCACGGCCCUUCUAUACCAUGCCCGAUCCCGAAGACGAUAAGUACACCAACUCAUUUGAUAUGUUCAUUCGUGGACAAGAGAUUGUUUCGGGUGGUCAACGUAUCCAUGAUCCUCACAUGCUCGAGGAAAAUAUGCGUCGUGUGGGUAUCAAUCCGGAUGAUAUGGAGGACUAUCUUGAGGGCUUCCGCUGGGGUGCCCCGCCUCAUGCGGGCGCAGGAGUUGGCUUGGAACGUAUUGUGAUGCUUAUUCUCAAGUUGGGCAACAUCCGGCUGUCGUCGAUGUUCCCCCGUGACCCGAAGAGUUUGCCAGCCAAGCCUGUGGCAGAAAAGCUUCGCCACCCAGAAUCAUCAACUGUUGAACCGCCCUGGCACCGUGACCACAAGGUUCGGGUAGCUUCGGAUCCCAGCGAGCUGCAGCCUCUCGAGCAUCUAGUCGCAAACUAUGGAGAUGCUACAUCAACUUCCUGGUUCGAUGAGCGCUUCAAGAUCUGGCGUGACAUGACAACAGGUGCAGCCGUCGCCUAUGUGCCUAGCUCCAACUAUGCCAUCAUUCCUGGCAAUCCGGCUUGUGACCCCAAACAGUACACGCGUACAAUCACUCAAUUCUUACAGUGGCUUCGUCGCGAUACCAAGCUUAAGCCUGUUUGGAUCCUUUGUUCACCCGAAGUUGAGACUAUCCUUGGCGAGCGCCUCGGCUGGCGCAGUUUGUCUUGCAUUGCCGAAGAGCGCGUCGACCCGUCGCGCAACCAGGCCGCCUCUGAUGGAGAGAUUGCUCGUAAACUGCGUCGCGCCGAAACUGAGGGCAUCAAGGUGGUUUCUAUGAACCAGGGAGAGAUGGUGCCAGACGACAUCCGCAAGAAGAUCGAUGAGCGUGUGGCCGAAUGGCUGGCCAACCGCAAGGGCACACAGGUACACCUGUCCCAGAUCCGCCCCUGGUGUGACUCCGAGCACCGUUGGUACUUCUACGCUCUCGACAAGAACGGCACGGUCUGCGCCUUCGUCGCAUUGGCGAUGCUGUCUCCUGUCCACGGUAUGCAAGUCAAGUACAGUCUUGAUUUCCCUGGCGCGCCCAGCGGUACGAUCGAACACAUUGUUACGCAUGCCAUCCAGACCGCGUCCAAGAGUGGCGUUAAGAGUCUCACAUUCGGCGCAGGCGCCACUACCCAGCUCAUUGCUGGCCACAACAUGGGUGGUGCUAAGGCCAAGAUGCUGGAGCACACAUACGAAGCUCUCGCCAAACAGUUCCAUCUUGUGCGCAAGAGCGAGUUCCGUGCCAAACUUGGUGCCACUGAGGACCCGCUGUACAUCUCCUACCCGGCCCACGGCUUGGGUUCUAAGGGCAUCCGUGCAGUCCUGAACUUCUUCGAAGAUUAA